ACCGGCGAGCUGGGCACAAAGCUAGUUGCCAGCCUCAUGCAGUAACGGGAGAUAAUGAAUUAACCAUCCAGCGAUUUAACUAUUUUUAAAUAACUGGAGACUGGAUUUUGUAUUCUGAAUAAUAUUCUGUCACUUAGGAAUUCCGGGAACCAUUAUAAAAGCUGAGAUAAGAUGUCUGUGGUGGGAUUCGACGUUGGUUAUCUGAACUGCUAUAUUGCAGUAGCCCGUGCUGGGGGGAUUGAAACGAUAGCUAAUGAGUACAGCGACCGAUGCACGCCAGCAUGUGUCUCCUUUGGUCCAAGAAAUCGCUCCAUAGGCGCUGCCGCAAAAAGCCAGGUUGUGACCAACUGCAAAAACACGGUCCAGGGUUUCAAGCGGUUCCACGGCAGGGCCUUUUCCGAUCCAUUUGUUCAGAGUAUCAAAUCCGGCCUGGUGUAUGAUCUAGCCCAGAUGCCCGCAGGGACAACUGGCAUCAAGGUGAUGUACAUGGAGGAGGAAAAAGUCUUCAGCAUCGAGCAAGUGACAGCCAUGCUGCUGACCAAGCUCAAAGAGACAGCUGAAAGUGCUCUGAAAAAGCCUGUUGCCGACUGUGUUAUAUCUAUUCCCAGCUAUUACACCGAUGCGGAGAGGAGGUCUGUUUUAGAUGCUGCACAGAUCGCUGGCCUCAACUGCUUGCGAUUGAUGAACGAAACCACUGCAGUCUCUUUGGCGUACGGUAUUUAUAAGCAGGAUCUGCCAAAUCCAGAGGAGAAGCCGAGGACGGUGGUGUUUGUGGACCUCGGGCACUCUGGCUACCAAGUGUCUGUGUGCGCCUUCAACAAAGGCAAGCUGAAGGUGCUCGCGGCGGCCUUCGAUCAUCAGCUGGGCGGCAAGGACUUUGACGAGAUGCUGGUGAAGCACUUCUGCGAGGAGUUUGCCAAGAAGUACAAGCUGGAUGUGCGCUCCAAGCCGCGGGCGUUGGUCCGCCUCUUCCAGGAGUGUGAGAAGCUCAAGAAGCUGAUGAGCGCCAACUGCUCCGACCUGCCACUCAACAUCGAGUGUUUCAUGAACGACAUCGACGUCACCGGAAAACUCAACAGGGGUCAGUUUGAGGAGAUGUGCGCAGACCUGCUAACUAAAGUGGAGGCCCCCUUGCGAAGCGUAAUGGAGCAAGCCAACCUGAAGAACGAGGACAUCUACGCAGUGGAAAUUGUGGGCGGAGCCUCCAGAAUCCCGGCCGUUAAAGAGCGAAUCAGCAAAUUCUUCGGGAAGGAGCUGAGCACCACUUUAAACGCAGACGAGGCCGUGGCCAGAGGAUGUGCGCUGCAGUGUGCCAUCCUGUCUCCUGCCUUCAAAGUGCGCGAGUUCUCCAUCACAGAUGUGGUGCCCUAUCCAGUCUCCCUCAAAUGGAACUCCGCUGCUGAGGAAGGUUUAAGUGAUUGUGAAGUGUUCCCAAAGAACCAUGCCGCCCCCUUCUCCAAAGUGCUGACCUUCUACCGCAAGGAGCCUUUCUCCCUCGAGGCGUACUACAACACCCCUAAGGAGCUGCCCUAUCCAGACCCCACAAUAGGCCAGUAUGUGAUCCAGAAGGUGGUGCCCCAGGCCACGGGCGAGAGUUCAAAGGUCAAGGUAAAGGUGCGCAUGAACGUCCACGGCAUCUUCAGCGUGUCCAGCGCCUCGCUGGUGGAGAUGCAGAAGUCCGAGGAUGCUGAGGAGCCCAUGGAGACGGAACAGCCCAGCGCCGAGAAGGAGGAAGAGAGCAAAAUGCAGACCGAUCCUGAAGACACGAAAGCCCAGGGCGACGGCCAGGCUGGGGAGAACGGCGAGAAGAAGGCCGAGGCAGAUGAGAUGGAGACCUCACCAGCAGAGGAGGGCAAGCAGGAGAAGAAGGCAGACCAACCUCCACAGGCCAAGAAGCCCAAAGUCAAGACAAAAAUCCACGAGCUUCCCAUCGAGAACAGUCCGCAGUGGCAGCUCGCCAACGACAUGCUUAACCUUUUCGUCGAAAACGAGGGUAAAAUGAUCAUGCAGGACAAACUGGAGAAGGAGCGUAACGAUGCCAAGAACAGCGUAGAAGAGUACGUGUACGACAUGCGCGACAAACUGCACGGCUUGUACGAGAAGUUCAUCAGCGAAAGCGAUCGGGAUUCCUUCUCCUUGAAGCUGGAGGACACAGAGAACUGGUUAUACGAGGAGGGAGAGGACCAGCCAAAACAGGUCUACAUCGACAAACUUGCAGAUCUUAAGAAACUUGGCCAGCCCGUCCAAGACAGAUACAACGAGUCUGAGCUGCGGCCGAAGGCCUUUGAGGAGCUGGGCAAACAGAUCCAGCAGUACAUGAAGAUCAUCGAGGCCUAUAAGACUAAGGAUGAGCUGUACGACCAUCUGGAUGACGCGGAGGUUCAGAAAGCAGACAAGCUGGUGAGCGACGCCAUGAUCUGGAUGAACAGCAAGAUGAACCAGCAGAGCAAACAGAGCCUGUCAGCAGAGCCCGCCAUCAAAGUCACGGAAAUCCAGUCAAAAACAAAGGAGCUGUACUCGGCGUGUAACCCCAUCUUGACCAAACCCAAGCCCAAAGCAGAGGCCCCCAAGGACGACAAGGCACCCGAGCAGAAUGGCCCAGUCAACGGGCAGGAGGGCGGCGAGGCCCCGCCCGCAGGCUCCGAAAACCCCAGCGCAGAGGGCACGGAGUCAACCGACAGCAAACCAGACAUGGACCUUGACUAAAACAAAAGCUGGAAAAAAUCUUCUUCAACCCCUUGUUUAUUUUUCUUUCUCUCUCUCUCUCCCCCACACUCUUCCCUCCCUCCCUCUCCCUCCAUGAGCGCAGUUGCAUAUGUUUUUAAACAGAAUAUUCAGUAUUCGGUUUAGAACUAGUUUGUGAAUAUUCCGUUUCCAUGUGUUAUAACGGUGUUCUGCAAUCAGAAUGUUCCCAAAACACGGCCGCAUUCGGAAUGAAUAAAGAAUUUACACGGCCCGCGCGCAAACUGAGUACUGCCAGCAUUCCGUUUAAAAUGGAAGUGAUGGACUAAAUGGAUUCAUGAGUUACAAUCUAGGGCCACAUAUUGCGUAUGACCUUGUUUUACCUGCCCAAUUCAACCAGGUGAUCAUUCAACCAGCUUAUCGCCUGACUUGAUUGGAGUUUUUUUCAAGUUGUCUGCUGAGUGACCCAUGGGCCAUCUCUGAAGCACCUGCCAGCUGAGGUGUGCGAAAAAAAAAAUCCAAGUUUAACGUUGAUUGGACAGGUAAAACGAGGUCAUUUGGAAUUUGUGGCACUGGAUUGUAUAACUUUUUGUAAAUCCAUUUUGCCCAUCAUUGAAAAUGGGAAUGUUCCUUGCAUGUAACUGCACUCCAUGUUUACCCAGUAAUGCUGCUCUUUAGUCAUUCCACCAUAACCAUGCUUUGGGUCGACGUUACUGGCUGUCAGAGAAAUGGUUCUCUGUCUCUCUGUCUCUCUCUCUCUGGCCACCUCUGGUGCAUGUACUUUCUUUUUGGAUUUGGGGGCAAAAAUUGAAAGCAUAAUGCAAUAAGCCUGGUUAUAUUGACAAAAGCGUAUCCAUACUGGCGUUUUUUUUCUUUUGUGAGCUUAAAAACUGUUGAGGUCUGUGUCAAAAAUUUUCGUUUUAAUAAAUAUUGAUCUUAAAAGA